AUGUCGAUGGGGCUGGAGAUCGGCGGCGUGGCCUUGUCCGUGCUGGGUUGGUUGUGCAGCAUCAUCUGCUGCGCGCUGCCCAUGUGGAAGGUGUCGGCCUUCAUCGGCAACAACAUUGUGACGGCCCAGAUCCUCUGGGAAGGGCUGUGGAUGAGCUGCGUGGUGCAGAGCACGGGGCAGAUGCAGUGCAAGGUCUACGACUCCAUGUUGGCGCUGCCGCAGGACCUGCAAGCCGCCCGCGCCCUGCUGGUGGUGUCCAUCAUCUUGGCCGUCUUGGGCUUAAUGGUGGCCAUUGUGGGCGCCCAGUGCACCCGCUGCGUGGAGGACGAGAGCACCAAAGCCAAGAUCACCAUCGUCUCUGGCGUCAUCUUCCUCCUCUCUGGCGUCAUGACCCUCAUCCCUGUCUGCUGGUCGGCUAACACCAUCAUCCGGGAUUUCUACAAUCCACUGGUGAUUGAAGCACAGAAGCGGGAGCUGGGGACCUCACUCUACGUGGGCUGGGCGGCCUCCGCACUCCUGAUGCUGGGGGGGGGCCUGCUCUGCUGCUCCUGCCCCCCCAAAGACGACAGGUACCCCACGGGCAAGGUGGCCUACUCCGCCCCACGCUCCGCCGUCACCAGCUACGACAAGAGGAACUAUGUCUGA